CGACCCGAGCAGGAGGUGGAGGAAGGCUCUGCGGCUGGGUCCCCUAUUUCGAACGAAAACAAGAGUCUGAACCUUUUUUUUAUUUCGCGAUAAGCGAUUUUUAAGAAUCGCGAAAUAAAAAAAAGGGGCCGGACCCUUGUUUCGAACGAAGCAGGGGAUCCGACCUGUUUCUUGACCACAGUGCCCGCAGGAGUGUUCUCCAUGCGGCUCGCUGGCCUCCACCUCCCUCAGUCUUCCUUCCUUUCCCUCUCCCUCCAUCGCUCACUCUUUCUUUUUCUCUUUCCUUCUCCUUCUCCUUCUCCGACAACAGGUUCCGUUUUUGUUGCUGGAACUAUUCCUGUCCGCCGCCGGGAUGGCUUGGUACAACCGGAACCGUACGGUUUGGGACGGUUCCACCGACCUUGAUCACAGUUGCUAUGCCAUUUUCCAGAUUUACAGAGAGAAUUAACAAUUGAACCAGAAGGUGGAAGUCAUUUAGCGAAUCAAUAUAGUCAUCAUUUUAUUGCUAUGCUGAAAGUAUCUUUCAAAGUACCUGCAUUUCCUGUGAGGGCAUCAUUUCCUCUUUUUUGGGACAUGUGAAAUAACAUUGAGAUUGCUGGCCCAUUUUGUCAUCAUAAGAGGUUCAAUAUCCAUGAUGUUUUUACUAAUGAAGAUGGAUAAUUCACUGCCCAGAACAGUCAGACCUUGAAGGACAAGAUUGAAGAUAUUAGGGAGAGAAUACACUGUUGAUAUUUUAAGAAUUGUGUCUGCAUGGAAUUUGAGUAAGUGAAGAUUGGUAUGUUUAAGUUAUGGGUUCUUUAAGCAAGAGGGGCGUUACAAAUUUUUGUUUGUCCGAGAAUAUAAAAAGGAGUAUGAUUUUUUUCACCAUAUUUCAAAAUUUUGAAAUUAUUAAUUUCCUCAGCCAUCUUUUCUUCUUUUUUGGCGUGCAGGAUCAAAUAAGGCGGAACCUGUUUGUGGCUUGACAAUCCCUUUUACUGACAUGACCUUAGGACCUUUGUCAUUGCUUAUUUCUUGCUGUCCUGCAUAAAGUAAUCUGUAUAGGUGAUAGAUUUUGAGAGAUGGUUAAACAAUUAGAAGAGUGGUUCACAUGGAUCAUAUUUUGUUGUUCUCAUAGGCAAGAAAUCAGUCCUAUCCUAGAUAUUGUUAUUAUUGCCUUUUUGUCUUUUGCAUCUUCAGAUUUAUGUGAUUAAGGAGUCUACACCAGGGCUGUAGUUUGCAAAAACUCUUUAGUCUGCAUGCAUCAACAAGUUUUGUGCCUUAAAAUAAUGUAUGGAGGAUGCACGAAAAAGUUAGCCUUCCAUUGGAGUGGUUUGUAAUUACAUGUAGCUUGCAAUUUGCACGAUUGUCUCCAGAAUUGGCACGCAACAAGGUUGAAUUAGACUGAUCUUGUUUAGGCAAUUCUAAGGUUUCACAUUGUGGAUCCUGGUAGAAGUUAGAAGCAAAUUGCACAUAGUGUUUUUACGUAUCCAUUUUCUUUAAAGGUCUACCAACUCAAUACUUGGUUUCAAAGGCUAUAGGAAGCACUCCAAAUCUUAAGCAAUACAAGGAGGCAAUGAAAGCAUUAAUCAUGCACUUUUUAAGAUUGUAAUCUGGUACAUUACAAUAUCUUAUGUAUUGAGCUUUUGGAGUGCUCUAUUUUCUCAUGUGCUUAGUUUAGAAACCAUUGUAGAUAUGCAAAAUCUAUAACCAUUUAGGUUGGCACAAAUGUUAUCUCGAUGUUGCUCGUGCAUUAUGUGCAUCACCUACCAAAAUGCAAAUUUUGAACCUUCUUUCAUUAUAUUAGCUAAACUAUUUAUUAGGUUUACAAUAUUAGCGUGCUUAAGAAAAAUGAACAUUUAGAUGAUAGUGUUAACUCAUUGCAGAAUUUGUUUGGUGAAGAUCUGUUAAAUGCUGGUAAAGUAUGGUUUGAGAAAGAUGCAAUAGGCAAGACUAGGAGGUCACUGGCACCUUUCUAGAUAAUGGUCUCUUGGUGAUAAUUGUUUCAAUAGUUUUACUCUUGAGAGUUCAAAUUUGUUCUUUAUGAAGGUGCUUAAUCAGCUGUAUUGGUUGAUCUUUUAUCAUUUUGAUGUAUUUAAUUUGGAGCUGUUUCUUUUUAACAACCACGGGUAGUAAUGUCUCUUAGAAGCUUUUUACUAGCUUUCAUAAGGUUGAUAAGGUUGUAAAAGAGCUGGAAUUUUUAAGUUUGAUCUACAUUCAGCUGUCAUCUGUUUAUUAUGCCUUCCUUUUUCAGCUUCCGUAAGAUUCUUGUUGAAUGUUUUCCUAAAAUAUCACUAGCAUAAUUUAGAUUUACUUUAUUACUUUCCCUGUAACUACCCCAACCAUCUUCUCCAGGGGUUUACAAAAGCAAUGGUUAUCUUCUGGUGUCAUGCAAUGGUGGCUUGAAUCAAAUGCGAGCUGCGAUCUGUGAUAUGGUCACUGUUGCACGCUAUCUGAAUCUAACCUUGGUAGUUCCUGAACUUGAUAAAAAAUCUUUCUGGGCUGAUCCUAGUGACUUUAGGGAUAUAUUUAAUGUUAAUCAUUUCAUACAUUCCUUGAGAGAUGAAGUAAAAAUCAUCCAAAAACUUCCAGCCAAAUUUGGUAGAGAAAUUCCAGACAAGUUCAUUAAAACAAUUCACAGGGAAAUAUUCUCUAUGCCUCCGGUUAGCUGGGCUAGUGAGAAAUACUACUUGAAGCAGAUCUUGCCUGUUGCAAGGAAGCACAAAGUGAUCCAUUUUAGUAAAACUGAUGCUCGUCUUGCAAACAAUGGCCUUCCGGUUGAGCUCCAAAAGCUUCGUUGCCGUAUUAAUUAUGAGGCAUUAAAAUUUACACCAUGGAUAGAGGCCUUAGGUCACAAGCUUAUCUCAACACUUAGGAGAAGGGGGUUCUUCAUUGUGCUUCAUCUGCGAUAUGAGAUGGAUAUGCUAUCUUUUUCUGGUUGUACACAUGGAUGUUCUGACAAAGAAGCUGAGGAACUCACAAGGAUGAGAUAUGCAUAUCCAUGGUGGAAAGAGAAGGAAAUAGUGUCCGAGCAGAAAAGACUAGAAGGUUUGUGCCCUCUUACCCCUGAGGAAAUAUCAUUGGUCUUACAAGCAUUAGGCUUCACAAGGGACACCCAAAUAUACAUUGCCUCCGGGGAGAUCUAUGGUGGUGAGAGAAGGCUGGCUGCCCUGAGGGCUGCAUAUCCUAAAAUGGCAAGGAAGGAGAUGCUUCUUAGUCCUGAUGAGUUGAGGCCUUUCCAGAAUCACUCGACUCAGAUGGCAGCACUAGAUUAUCUCGUUUCUGUUGCAAGUGAUGUUUUUAUCCCCAGUUAUGAUGGAAACAUGGCAAAAGUUGUAGAGGGACACCGCAGGUUUACUGGCUUCCGUAAGACUAUUUUGUUGGAUAGAAAAGAACUAGUAAAGCUUUUGGAUCUCCUUGGUGAUGGAAAACUAUCAUGGGAUCAGUUCUCUAAUGCUGUUCAAGAAGUACACAAAAAUCGAAUGGGCCGGCCAACAGUAAGGAAAGUCAUUCCUGGACAGCCAAAGGAGGAGGACAAUUUUUAUGCCAAUCCUCAAGAAUGCCUUCCCCCCCUAAGGAGUCCAGGCACUGAAUCAACGCACUCUGAUAUCUGAAGCUGUUGAUGAGUAAUUCUUGGCAUCUUGCUGACUAUGAUAUCCUCCUUUUGAGGUUAUGCCAGCAUAUCUGUAGCAUCCUUUGUACAGCUGACUUCUUUCUCCAACCCUGAUUUUUUGAGUAAGAGAUGGGUGAUGAAAUAUGCAAUGUACCGUGGGUUAGGAACACACAUUGCUGUCAUAAUGGAGCUCAAACCAUCAGCAUAGAAGGUUGAAGGAUCACGAGCUCAAUUUGUUCACUUCAUAGCUCUGUUCUAGCUGCAUUCUCAACAACUGUUUUGUCAUUCUUUCAUAGCUCAGUUUUUUUUUUUGAUUCUUCAGAUUUUUUUUCUUCAAUUUCAUUGACAAAGGCUAUAAUAGCACACAUGGUGGCCUCUAGGAUUGUAUCAGGACACUUCUGUAGCCUCUUGUCUUUUGUUACAAAAUAUUAGGAAGUUCAGUUUCUGAAUGUUAUCUUCAGUUGCAAUUACAAACUCACUUCGGCUGGCUACUGCUCCUGUAUUCAUGUGAUUCUGAAAUGGGCAACAUUAGGAUCACGGCCUGAAUUCAUCAUCUUCA